AUGAGGGAAAUCGUGCAUAUCCAGGCUGGUCAGUGCGGCAACCAGAUCGGCGCUAAGUUCUGGGAGAUCAUCUCCGACGAGCACGGCAUCGACCCCACCGGCGCCUACCAUGGCGACUCGGACUUGCAGCUGGAGCGCAUCAACGUGUACUACAAUGAGGCCUCCGGCGGCAAGUACGUGCCCAGGGCGAUCCUCGUCGACCUGGAGCCCGGCACCAUGGACUCUGUCCGCUCAGGACCCUUCGGGCAGAUCUUCCGCCCGGACAACUUCGUCUUCGGCCAGUCGGGCGCCGGCAACAACUGGGCCAAAGGCCACUACACCGAGGGAGCUGAACUCGUAGACUCCGUCUUGGACGUAGUACGCAAGGAAGCAGAGUCCUGCGACUGUCUCCAAGGUUUCCAGCUCACACACUCCCUCGGCGGCGGCACCGGCUCCGGCAUGGGGACCCUUCUUAUUUCUAAGAUCAGAGAAGAAUACCCCGACAGGAUCAUGAACACAUACUCGGUUGUACCCUCGCCAAAGGUGUCAGACACAGUAGUGGAACCCUACAACGCCACACUCUCGGUCCACCAACUGGUGGAGAACACAGACGAGACCUACUGUAUCGACAACGAGGCUCUCUACGACAUCUGCUUCCGCACGCUCAAGCUCUCCACACCCACGUACGGCGACCUCAACCACCUCGUGUCGCUCACCAUGUCAGGCGUCACCACCUGCCUCAGGUUCCCAGGUCAGCUGAAUGCGGACCUCCGCAAGCUGGCCGUGAACAUGGUCCCAUUCCCGCGUCUCCACUUCUUCAUGCCCGGAUUCGCGCCGUUGACGUCGCGCGGCAGCCAGCAGUACCGCGCCCUCACCGUGCCAGAACUCACCCAGCAGAUGUUCGACGCCAAGAACAUGAUGGCCGCUUGCGACCCGCGCCACGGACGCUACCUCACCGUGGCGGCCAUCUUCCGUGGACGCAUGUCCAUGAAGGAGGUCGACGAGCAGAUGCUCAACAUCCAGAACAAGAACUCGUCGUACUUCGUCGAAUGGAUCCCCAACAACGUGAAGACCGCCGUGUGCGACAUCCCGCCCAGAGGGCUCAAGAUGGCCGCCACCUUCAUCGGCAACUCCACCGCCAUCCAGGAGCUGUUCAAGCGCAUCUCGGAGCAGUUCACCGCCAUGUUCAGGCGCAAGGCCUUCUUGCAUUGGUACACCGGCGAGGGCAUGGACGAGAUGGAGUUCACCGAGGCGGAGAGCAACAUGAACGACCUGGUCUCAGAGUACCAGCAGUACCAGGAGGCCACCGCCGACGAGGACGCGGAGUUCGACGAGGAGCAGGAGCAGGAGAUCGAAGACAAC